CUCUAUGUUGGCAGUUCCUUUCGUCUCAUGUCGUCUCUACAUGUGCUCAGUCAGUUCAGAAUCCAAUUCAUUAAAAUUGGUACAUAGCUCGUCGUCAAUGUGCACAGUAUCCGCCAUUUUGUACUGAAAUGAAUGAAAGGAUAAAGUCGUCUAGCAGUCGAACGCCAUGCCAUGACUCGGUUGCUUCAAAGUUCAAAGACAGUUUGUAAAAUCUCUGCAUUUUGCUUCAGUUGUAAUGAAUUGGAUGUGGUUUGUUUGCGAUCGUGUAAUUUGUGUCAGUCUUUCUUUGUCUUAACUUUUAUACGAGAUGAAGGGGCGUUUUAUUUCGUCACACGUCGUUUCAAUGUUUUCGCUGCAAGAUCAACUGAUUGUUUAAGCCAAGGGGGAGGGUUGUUGUUCUUUACGGUUUAUACUGUAACUUAGUCGUGGCAGGAGUAAUGAUGACGGGCAAAACAAAAACUAUGGUAGACAUUUAAAAAAAAAUUACGUUUUAAUUCGUAAUAUCAAUUUUAAGUUUGAAAUGUGGGCCUCGUUGUCUAUGUGGUUAAAAUGAGGUCAUAGAGCUUUCGAAUCAAACGAGUAGGACGGGAACUGCGUAUGAUGCGUACGUAUGUUGCAGGUAUUUUGCUCUGGAACCGUACAGUGCCACGUUAUACGAAUAUUGCAAUGGCGAGUACGAUGGAGCCAUGUCAAAUGAAUCGCAAGUUCUUUAUCAAAUUACCAACGGAAUCUUCUAUUUGCAUGGCAAAGGAAUUGUACAUGGCGAUUAAAAUCCAUUAAACGUCGUCAUUGCUGCCCAGUCCCGUCCUGUGCGCAUGAAAUUUUCAGAUUUUGGAUUGAGCAAAUUCAGUUAUAGCAAACAGCUGUUGGAAAAAGGAGAAAACAUUUCCUAUACAGUGAAACUCUGCAUAAGAAAGUAUUGGACACUCUCCAAAAAAACUUGCUCCCUGGAAGGCAUCAAAGACGCCACCGAAGAUGUCAUUGCAGCUGGAUGCAUUUUGUUUUAUUUUCUAACCCGUGGUGAACACCCUUUUUGGUAAUGAUUCCAAGUCAAUCUUGAUAUAAAACCUCACGAAAAAGAAUCCAGUCAAUUUACCAGCAUUGGAUAAAAAUCACUUUGCGUACGAGCCCAUCAAAAAUAUGAUUAUUCCCCCACGAAAAGGAUUCAAUUGGUUGCACAUAGCAAAUGAGAAAUUUAAAGAAGCCCUUUCACGCAAGUCAAGAAUUUCCGUUUCGUUCCAAGUCAACACUGGCAAACAACUUGGCAAAGGUUAUUUUGGACAAGUGUUCGAAGGGAAAUUUAACGGCGAUCUUGUUGCCGUUAAACAAAUGACGACGACAACCGCUCAAAAAAAUAUUAUUCAAAGAGAAAUGAAUACACACAUAGAAUUGAAUCACGUCAACGUAGUGAAACUCUUGGACGUCGAUGAUUCGGCCGACAAUAGAUUCACGCAUCUGGCUUUGGAAUUGUGUGGCGGGACAUUGACGGAUUAUUGCGAAAAGAAACUCAGCGGACCGAAAUUGCCGCCAGACGAAUUGGUCCUUUAUCAAAUCGCCAAUGGAUUGCAUUACAUCCACUCGAGAAAUUUGGUGCAUCGCGAUAUUAAACCGGAAAACAUCCUCAUUUCAAUGAAGACGCCCGUUCAGAUGAAAUUCUCUGAUUUAUCGUUUGUUAAGAAAACACACCAAGAUAUUUUUUCGCAGAGUAAAAUCAGAGGAACUCUCCAGUGGCUAGCACCUGAGAGACUUGUGUUUUUAAGUGACCCUGAAAACAUGCCUGCCGAUCUCCCAGAUGCAACAAUCAAAAGUGACACGUUUUCAUCCGGAUGUGUUUUUUUCUAUUUCUUGACGCGUGGCACUCAUCCAUUUGGAAAAAAUCCAGUCACUGUGCCAGCCAAUAUUUUGAAAAAAACCCCGGGGGAACUCGUCAGCUACAAGCAAAAUUUUGAUAUACCAAUUGGCAAAUCUGGUGAUUGUUAUGAUGAUUUGGCGGCAGACGACGUAAACGGAAGAAUCCUUGCUCGUUUGAUUGAGGAUAUGAUUCAAUUUGAAGAAAAAGAAAGAGUCGGAUUGCCUGAGGUCAUAAAACAACUAGCCGCUGUAUUGUACGGGAUGGACAAAAGCAAAUGUCAAUUGAGGCUCGUUGAAUCGUCGUUAGGUGGGGAUUACAUAAUCCGUUCCCACCCCACUGAACUGAUUCUUGCAUGUGCCAAUGAGAAAAAGUUAAUAUUUUACACUGCCGAAAAUUUGGCUAUUCCGUUUUCCAAUUGGAGAGAGGAGAAAGAAGUCACAUGUCUACCUCUAAACUUCGGUGGAAAGAGAGUUCGGUCGCUUGAGUGGAAUAUUAUCGGGAUACAACUACCUGCUGGAUACGGUGGCCAAUUUGGCCAUAAUCUCGUCGUAUGGAGUUACCCAGAGUGCGAAAUCCCCUUUCAAAAGGAAAUUUCUGGUUAUUUCAAUGAAAUAAAUUGGAAUCCAACCAGGCCCAACUUAUUUGCUGCUUAUGCGAACGAUCAUCAAGUUGUCGUAUGUGAUUCAUCCAUUGGCGACGUGAUCACCACAAUUGACUGUAAAAGCGUUUCGGCUGUGAAGUGGAUCUCUGAAAAGCGAAUCGCCGUGGCAUCUUCUUGGAAUGGAAAAAUCAAUAUUUUUGAAAUGGAGGAAAACAAUUUGACAACAACUCGACCCGUAAAAGAAUUCACACAUCGAAUGAACUGUCGUUAUCUGGAGUGGAAUGAAAGGACCAAAUAUUUGGCCAGUGGUGGUGAUCAGGGGAUCAAUAUUUGGUCUAUGGACCACGACAUGCCAAUUUAUAGCCUGGAGUUUCCUCUACAGGAGGAGGAGGAAGAGGAGGAGGAAAAGGAAACAUUUGCUUGGCGCUUGUGCACAGGAAAUGGGGAAGCAGAGGGCGGAAUCGAAAGGGCAAGGAAAUCAGCCAAAAACUUCACUUUUGUUAUUGGUUCGAUGGAAGGCGUUUUUAUUUGGAAUCCUCUGGAAUGCGAACAACAGCCGCGACGUCUUUCCGAUGAUACAGAACGCUCGCCUUUUCAUCGGACGGUCGAUUUCUUGCAGCCGGGGGCGUUGAGGAAUUAAUGAUUUGGCCAGCGGAGGACUGGGUACAAAU